AUGGGGUUAACAUACACGCCUUUAGAGGACAUAACUAAAAUUGUUGAUAUUUCAAGAGAAGCAUUCUUCAAGAAGCAGAAAUAUUUGGCUGGUUUAAAGAAUCCCAAUAAAGAAGAUAAGGAAUUUAGAUCACAGCUUUUGAAACGGUUUUAUUAUGCUAUUAAAGAUUCCUCAGAUGAAAUUGAAGAUGCUUUAUUUCAAGAUUUCCAUCGUUCACCACAAGAGAGCAAAUCUUUCGAAAUUAUUAAAUUGCUCAAUGAUAUUCUACAUAUGAUUUCAAACUUAGAUAAAUGGAUGAAACCAGAAACCAUUAGUGAUUAUUCUCCUCCAUUUAUGUUUGGUAAAACUCAAGUGGAGAAGAUUUCAAUGGGUUCAGUAUUGGUCAUUGCACCAUUUAAUUUCCCAGUGUUGUUGGCUUUGGUUCCUGUUGCUUAUGCAAUUGCAGCUGGUAACACAGUGGUUCUUAAACCAAGUGAACUUACUGAGAAUUGCUCGAUACUUAUUGAAAAGAUUAUCGAGCGAGCCCGUUUCCCUGUUGGUUACGUCUCUGUAGUACAUGGUGGUGUCGAAGAAACUACCAAAUUAGUCGAAUCAGGAAAGUUUGAUAAAAUAUUCUACACUGGCUCACCAAAAGUUGGUUCCAUUAUAUCUCAAACUGCUGCAAAGACAUUGACACCUUGUGUAUUAGAACUUGGUGGUAAAUCGCCAACAUUCAUUACUGAUAAGUUUAACAAAAAUAACAUAGAAACUGCAAUGAAAAGAAUAUUUUUUGGUGCUUUUGGUAAUUCUGGUCAAAUAUGUGUCUCCCCAGACUAUAUUGUUGUACAUGAAACUUUGUAUGAAGAAGUGUUAAAAACUGCUAAACUGCUACUAGAUGAGUUUUGGCCAGAUUUUAGUUCAGAAACUGAAUAUACUCAUAUGAUUAAUAAAGUUGCGUAUGAUAAAGCCCAGAGAAAAAUAAAACUGACAAAAGGUAAAAAAUUAUCUGUGAAAAUUGCUAAUAUGCAGUCUGAUAAAUUAGAAGAAUCACUUUGCAUCCCUCCUACUGUUGUUUAUGAUCUAGGAUGGAGCGACAUAGUGAUGCAGGAAGAAAACUUCUCCCCAAUAUUACCAAUUGUAUCAUAUUCAAAUUUAGAUGAUGUGCUUGACAUCAUAAUCUCCAAGCAUGAUACCCCAUUAGUUCAAUAUAUUUUUUCAGAUGAUAAUAUUGAAAUUGAACGUAUUUUAAAGAGGUUGAGAUCUGGAGAUUGUAUUAUCGGUGAUACGAUGAUCCAUGUAGGCAUUCAAGAUGCACCAUUUGGCGGUAUUGGUAAUUCAGGAUACGGAAGCUAUGGAGGGAAAUGGGGGUUUGCUGCAUUCACUAAUGAAAGAAUUGUCUUCAAUCAACCAUUUUGGAUGGAUUUCUUACUUUCUAUGAGAUAUCCCCCUUUUACUCCAAAGAAGAAGGCUUUGAUUGAAAAUUUGACUGAAUCGGAACCAUGGUUUAACAGAAGAGGUAAUGAUGAUUUUAUAUUGUACCGUCUGCCAGUCAUCUCUUCGGUUGUUAAUCUUUUAAAGAAACUCUUUUAA